CCCAUUGUAAUUUACAAUUUUACAAUGGCAAUGCGUACCCCCAUUGCGUUUGCCGCAAGGCGCGCAACCCCGAGCUCAUCUGCCGCUUCGUUUCUGGUCCCAUGUGCUCCGCGAUGGAGAAGAGGAAAUGCAACGGUAGCUCCGCCAGCGACGCAGAGCGCAGCGGGCUCCAAAGGCCCUACUGCUAUCGUGUUCAUGAACAUGGGCGGCCCCUCAACAACCGAUGAAGUUCACAGUUUUCUCAGCAAUCUAUUCUCCGACGCCGACCUGAUCCCCCUGGGACGCUUCCAAAACUACAUCGGCCCCCUCCUCGCAAAGCGACGCACCCCCAAAAUCCAAAAGCAAUACGCCGACAUAGGCGGUGGCUCGCCGAUUCGCAAAUGGUCCGAACACCAAGCAGCAGAAAUGUGCAAGAUCCUCGACAAAACAUCCCCCGAGACCGCCCCUCACAAGCCCUACGUUGCCUUCCGCUACGCCAACCCGCUGACAGAGGACAUGUACAAGCAGCUCCUCGCCGACGGCUUCGGCCAAGGCAAAGGCGGCCGCGCAGUCGCAUUCACGCAGUACCCGCAAUACUCGUGCUCGACGACGGGCUCGUCGCUCAACGAGCUCUGGAAAUGGCGCGCACGCUUCGAAGGCGCAAAAGCGGGCCAAUCCGUCGACGGCGACGCCGGCAACAUCAAAUGGAGCGUCAUCGACCGAUGGCCCACGCACGCGGGCCUCGUCGAAGCCUUUGCGCAGAACAUCGAGAAAACCCUCGCCACGUACCCGCCCGAGCGCCGCGACGACGUCAUCCUGCUGUACUCGGCGCACAGCUUGCCCAUGUCGGUAGUCAACCGCGGUGACCCGUACCCUGCCGAGGUCGCGGCCACCGUCCACGCCGUGAACCAGCGCCUCGGCAUGAAGCACAAGUAUCGACUAGUCUGGCAGUCUCAGGUCGGCCCGCAGCCGUGGCUGGGCGCGCAGACGUCCGACACGGUCAAGAAUUUCAUGAAGAAGGGGAACACGGAUAUGAUUCUGAUUCCUAUCGCCUUCACCAGCGACCACAUCGAGACGCUGUACGAGCUGGACAAGGAGGUUAUUGGCGAGGACGCAGAGGGUCACGAGGGCGUCAAGCGCGUCGAGAGUCUGAACGGGAAUCCCGUCUUCAUUGAGGCGCUUGCUGAUCUCGCCAAAUCGCAUUUGGACAGCGGGGUUGCGUGUAGCAAGCAGAUGACGCUGAGGUGUCCCGGCUGCGUGAGCGAGAGGUGUCGAGCUCAGAAGGAGUUUUUUGCCGCUCAGACGGAGAGUCUAGCUGCUGGAGUGCAGAAUGCGUAG